GUGGGCGGGGCUAGCUGGGAAAGCAGCGCUAGGUUUUGCUCCGUCAGUAACACAUGUCAGGGUAGAGAGAGCGGAGGGCUCACACGGGGAAGCAGCAGCAGUAAUAGUAUUACAAGGAGCAGCAGCAGCAGCAGCGGAAAGCGGCGGACCUCCCGAUCGGUGCACACGGCUGGACUGACCCGUAGGACUGUGUGCUCCGGACUCCUGGGACUUCUCCGGAUAACUUGCGGCUGUGUAGAGCCGAGGAUCUGUCCGUGUUGGAGGAGCUGGCUGGGAUCGCACAGCCGCCUUAUCUGCGGCAGCUAGCAGUGGACGUGUGAGAGUUCUGUACGGAGCCUGAGUGGAGGGGGCCGGAGAGAUCAUGGUGAACCCAGGUAGUAGUGCCCAGCCACCCCCGGUGACAGCUGGCACCCUCUCCUGGAAAAGAUGUGCCGGAUGCGGCGGCAAGAUCGCAGACCGUUUCUUGCUCUAUGCCAUGGACAGCUACUGGCACAGCAGGUGUCUCAAGUGCUCGUGCUGCCAAGCUCAACUUGGGGAAAUCGGUACCUCGUGCUACACAAAAAGUGGGAUGAUCCUGUGCAGAAAUGACUACAUCAGGUUAUUUGGCAACAGUGGCGCAUGCAGUGCUUGCGGACAGUCCAUUCCAGCCAGCGAAUUGGUCAUGAGGGCACAAGGGAACGUGUAUCAUCUUAAGUGUUUUACGUGCUCAACUUGUCGGAAUCGCCUUGUCCCAGGGGACCGGUUUCACUACAUCAAUGGCAGUUUAUUCUGUGAACAUGAUAGACCUACAGCUCUUAUCAAUGGUCAUUUGAAUUCACUUCAGAGCAAUCCACUACUGCCAGACCAGAAGGUUUGCUAAAAGGUUGUACUAAAACAGAAAGUGUGCCUUCAUCUCAAGUUCUUUCAUCGCAGAUGGAUACCAUAUGUCUCCAGUAGACAAGUCACCUUUUGUAGCUAGCAUCCGUGCCAGCUUCAUGCCAUUGCACCUUUUUUUCCUCUUCUUGGUUGCCCUUCCCACAUUUCUUGGUGUAUGAAAAUGACUGAAGACCUAUAAUAAAAGGACUCCAUGAUCCAGGCUAAUGGGGAGACUGAGAUUAAAAAAAACGAAACGCGUGGUUUCACCAGAGGACUUAUUCACGAGGGGUGAAAAUGACUCAUGAAUUCAGUUUCAAGAUGCAUUUAAAAACUGCUUACCCACCCUCAUUACCGAUUUAGCAGGGCACUUGCCAGCAUUUGCACCCUUACCCUUGACAACACUCUACUCACUCUUUGUAUAUUUUCUUGUGCUGUGAGGAAGAUUGUUCAUUCAAGCUGAACAUAAGAUAAAAAGGGGAGUUGUAGCUUUUGUGGUACUUUAUCACAAACACUUUUGAAAGUUUCUCUCUGUAAAAUACAAUGUACGUAUGCAUGUAUGUGUUAUUUUAUUAUUAUUAUUUUUUUUUUUUUACUUUAAUUUUCUUUGUUUUUGUCCUAUCGUUGCUACUUCCCAUUGCGAUAAAGGGAAGGGGCGGGAAAAGAAUCUGCUAUUGUGUAGAAAUUUUCACCUACUUGCUGAUUGAAGAUAAAACUUUUAUUUGUGAUAUUUUCAGAGACUUGCUCUAGUAUGGUGUAUUUAAGUAAUAAAAGAUUAAAAUGCUAUUGUUAA